AAUCUUACCUUCAAAAUGUCUCGCCUUGAAGCUAAAAAGCCUCCGUUAUUUAUUAGCAAGCCACUGACUAGAGAUGCAGUGAGUCAGUCACUGUCUCUGCUGAGUGGGAUAUUAAAAUCUUCCUACGGUCCUGCUGGUCGACUCAAGCAGCUCCACAAUGGUGUGGGGGGCUGUGUUUGUACCACUUCCCAGUCCUCAGCCCUCCUGGGGCGCCUUUCCCUCAGCCAGCCCGUGCUGCGUGUCCUGGCAGCCUCUGUACGGAACCACGUGUCACGCUUCAGUGACUGUGGCUUAUUCACUGCCAUCCUUUGCUGUGGCUUCAUCGAAAAUUUCAGGAGCCUGAAUGUUGCACCUUUUACUGUCAUUAAAAUAAGCAAGCAUCUUCUGAGUUUGUGCAUGAACCACCUGAAGUCGGAGGCCUGUGGUUGCCGGGUGUCUGUGGAUUUUAGCAGUGUUGAGACCCUUGUUUGUUUGGUUCGGAGCAUUUUAACAAGCAAACCUGCUUGCAUGCUUAAUAAAACUGAAGUUGAUCAUCUCACCUCACUGGUUUUAAAAGCUUUUAUAUUUACUGUUCCAUGUCACGUUGAGACUAAUGCUGUUUUAGGGAAGUGUGUGGUAAUACCUGUGAAAGGUAGAAGAGUUAUGGAUUCUACAGUUCUUCCUGGACUGCUGAUAGAAGCGCCAGAAAUCCAGCUGGGAAAACCGCUUGCUGUCAGAAGGACUAGUUCAAACGUGAUCAAGAUUGCCCUUUUCAGUGUGUCCAUGUCAGGUGACGGCUCUAACCAUGAGGAAGGAACUAUAGCGGUCCAUCCUGGAGUUUCUCUGGAAGUGUCAGAGCUGAAUCAGCUGCUGAAUGUGGGGAAGCAGCUGGUUAAGGAUGAGGUGGGCCUCGUGGUGUGCCAGAAGGUGAUGCAUCCCUCCUUGAAGCAGUACCUGAAGGAGCACGGUGUCGUGGCUGUGGACAGGGCUGGGCUGUCUCUGAUGGAGCCCCUGGGCCGUGUGACAGGUUCACAGCCUAUAGCUUCCAUACAUUCGUUGCCUCCUGGCUGUUACGGCAGUUUGAAAGAUUUGUGCCUGGAGAGUUUUGCUUCAAAGCAUUUUCUACAUCUGAUUCCUGGGGACACAGUUAUCUGCAGCCUGAUACUCUGUAACAGAAGUGAAACAGCAUGGGAUGAGUUGAAGCGUGUCUGUGAAACUGCAGAACACGUGUUGCAGUUAACAGUGAAGGAACCUUGGGCAUUAUUAGGAGGCGGCUGUACAGAAACUCACCUGGCUUCAUACAUAAGACACAAGAGUUCUAGCCUGCCUGCCAGCACUUUCCAAGACCUAGGUUGUUCUCAGACACAGUACCAAUUGGUGGCUGACGGGUUUUGCCGUUCCCUGGAGUCUGUAGCUCGCUCUCUGAGUCACGAUGGUGAAGAAGUCCUGACAGAUGUGGUGUAUGGGCACUGCUGGCUUGUUCCCUCAGGUUCUCCCUGUGUCUCCAGGUGGUCAGAUUUAGUUUCAAGAUGUGGCUGUGGGGUGAGUGGUAACACAGAGGACCUCAGCUGGAGCUUUUUGCAAGGCCACUCUGGCACUCCUGUUUUACAGGGCUGCCCUAAAGAGCCCUCAGUAAAGGUUGCUGACCUCCGGACUCUGGAUUGCUUUGCUGCCAAGUGCAGUGGCCUGCAAGUAGCUCUGGAGACAGCCAACCUGAUUUUGGAUCUCUCAUACAUAAUUGAAGAUCAAAAUUAGCUCUGAUCUUACGUGAUUUGAGUUGUAUAGCAAGACAACACCGAAUUGAAGGCAGGCUAAUGUAUAAUGUGUUAAAAUAUUUGAAUGGGUUAGAAGGCGGACAGAAAUUUUAAAUUUAACAGCUGGCCAUUGAAUACUCUUCCUCAGUGUUAAUCUCCUGUGCUCUCAAGCAUUUUCACAUGUUCAACCUGUUCCCUCUGCAUUAAAGAAAGUUUUGGAUGUUGGUUAGCUCUGUGGCAUCUUCAAAGGAAUGGGAAAAAUGGAUUCACUUGCUGAGAAAACAUGUUAUGUAUUAGGAUUAAUACAGUCUCAGCAAAAGCUUUACACAUCUAAAGAGAUUUUUAUAUUGCAGUAGAAUUGAAUCACUAUUUUUAAUUUUGUAGGGAAAAAAGGCUUAGCAGAUACCUUGGGCCACUUGUUUUUAAUUUUGUCCUGAAGUUUUUGUCACCAUAUAUUAUAUGUAUAUACAGUUUCUAUUUCUAAAUGGGUGAAAGAUUUAAAUUCAUAUAUGUAAUUUAUUUAGCAAGUUUAAAAAACUCAACCUGGAGCUCUUAAGGUAGCAGGUAGGUAAUAGAAGAUUUGGAAGGAAAUGGAAGACUGGGUGAAAAAACUUUUGUCAAGUGGACCUUGAUUAUCUUCUGUGGAAUACAGGGCAGCAUAUAAUGAAGUUUCUAUCAUUCAAGCAAAGCUGCAAGAAUGUCCCACUUACCAUUCAAUUAACUCUUUGACUGUGGCUUCUUUUAACGAAGUAAGGCUUUAAGCUGCUCAGACUUGUUUUGAUCUUUAAAUAAGACUGUAGACUGAAUGAUCAAAACUUUUUCUCAUUCUCAGCUUGCAUGCAAGAUCAAAAAGGGUGCUACAUUUUCUUACUUAAGCUCAUUUUCUUUGCCACUUUUCUUCUCCCUCUUUGUUUUCAGUCACAGGGGACAAAUCAUGCAUGGUGCAUUUCCAGAAAACAUCUGAGUCAGUUGCCAUCUAGUCUGCUUAUUUUUUUCCUGGUCUGUUAAGAUUUUAAUAUAUUUAUUUACUGCAUAUAAGCAGUAGAAUUGUUAUAUAUAACUCAGUUUUGAAAUAUGUAAUUAAAACCUGAUCUUUCCAGGCCUUUUGUACAAAGUUCUUUUAAUUUUGAGAACAUAAGUAAUCAUUUUCUCACUGGGGAAAAAAAAAAAGAAGAGAUACUUAGAGUUCUUUAUCUUUUUAUGACCUGAAAUGAUUGCUCCUGUGCUGUAAGGCAUACUUUGGGGACUUGUGCAAGAAUGUUACAAGGGUUGAGAAUGGAGGCUGCUGAAAGCUGGUUUGAAAGCUAAUAAGGCUGCUUUCAUGUCUUGAUCCUCCCAUAUGCCAUGAACUAUAUGAAAACAUCAGGAAUAAUGAAGCCAAAUGAUGGUGCAUAUCUUAAGGCACAGAAGAAUCUUGGUAAUACUUCAUCUAAUUAUGACUCUGCAGCUCAGAGUGCUGAAUUAUACUAUUUUACUUCCUAUAAUAGCAGCUUGUUAUGCAGUGUGGAAAAUGUUGAGUUUAGUGACUACAGCUGUGAAGUGAAAAUUAAAACAAUAUUCAAGUAGAAGCAGUUGUGAGUGUUCUUUUGUCUUGGUAUCUGAAGGUCGAAUCACAGGUCUUGAAAUAGAGCUGACAAUGGUAUUUAUUCUCCCCCAAAAAGAAAGUCACAGAUAAAAAAAAAUGAAAAAAUUAAAUUUAAUUUUUGGUAAGUAGCUAAGAAUCAUUUAUACCUGAACUAAAGAUUUUUUCAUAUAUGGAUAAUUUUAAUGACAAUGAAUUUUUUCCUUCUACUGUGACUAGAAAGGAUAAAUAAGCAGCUUGCUCUGCUGUUUAUGGACAGUAUAGGUUCAGUUCUCAGUUGUACUAUAGUAGGCUUGAACCUUUAGUGUUUAGUGUUGCCUCAUCUUUGAGGGGUAACGUAGGAGGAGUACAGCUUUGGAUAGUUUUUAAAAACCAAGUAAAAAGAGUUUUGACUCAAUCUAACAGCAACAUAAAGUAACCUUUUUGAACUUGGUGUUUUCUAAUAAAAUUUGGGUGCAAAAAUGGCUGGGUUUCCCCCUGUGUUUCAAAGCUGACAGAAUGAAAUAUCAGCUGUAAUGCCUCUGAGAAGCCACUAUGGUUUUAUUCCUGUUCCCCUUAGCAUUUGAAGUGCAGUGGGAAAAAUUAGCACUACGUAAGUAUUAGGAGACAAGUGUUUUCUGAUCAUGACCUCGGUCAUGUCUGAUUUCCACAGAUUGCUCAGAUCAAAUUAAACUUUAAUAAUUCUACUGAUAAUGUACAGGAAAUAGCAACAUUAAUUUCCAUGCUUCUCAGGUAUGUUUGUGCUCCCGGCCUAGAAGGAGAAAUAAAGAAGUGCUGAUAUUAGAAUCACUCAGGUCAGCAUAUUUAGGUAAAAUGCCAGUGUGAUAUAACUGCUCCUCAGUUCAGUAUUUGUUUGGUAUUUCUGUUCCCAUUUGAUACUUGAAGCUUCAAAGUGAAGACCUGAAAAGGCAGAUUAAUUAAGGGAUUUUUAUUUCUAUUUAUUGUGAUCCAUUUCAAGCAGAUGCACCAGUAAAUAUUAUUUGGCAUUGGUUAAGAAUGCAUAGUACCUGUUUUUUAUUGAUUCUGCUUCUUAUCUGUGAAUUUGUAGAGUCUGAGCCAUAUCUGAGAUCUUUUUCUGUCUAUUCUCCUAUAAAAUGGGAACAAAGAUCUUUUGGGUGAGGGGUUCAAAGAUCCAGAUGUAAAGUGAAAAACAGAAAAAAGUGAAAAAAGAAAGAGAUAUUUUAAAAUUACUGAAAUCCUUGCUAAAACAUUAGAGUAAUUUCAUUAUGGGAACUUUGAUCAGAAUUUACGUGGACUCCUUUAAUUAUUUUUCUGGGUAAAACACCACAUCUUUUUAUAUUGAACCUGGAUGCCUUUUCUUGCUCUCUGAAGUCCCAGCAACAGAACAUCACUGUUGCUGCCAGUAAUCUGAAUUAUUGCUUUACAUCUUCAGUACACACACACAGAGAAAUGUGACCUUAAAGCUGUGUGCAGGAAUGGUUGGAAUUCAAGAUCAGCAGUGUCAGAUGUGUCAGCCAUCCUUACUGUGUCAUGUCUUCAGAGUCUGUGCUCUGCUGUUCACAGUGGAUGUCUGUGUGAUGCUAAUCCUUGAAGACAGGCUAGAACAGGUUUGUGACUUUGGGAAACUUUUUCUUACUAUAUUGGUGGUGUGCUGCCAUUUUGUUGGUUUAAAAUUUUUGAUUUUUUUCUUUUUUAAUUCAAGUGUUUGGGGUUUUUUAAGCUGAGCAGCCACUACAGUGUUAGAUCUGUCUCAGUAAGAAGAGUAUUGAUUGCUGUUAAAGCUUGCAAGGCAAAUAGUGCCUGGAAUAUCAUAAGCACAGUAGAGCUUGUACAAAACAAUUCACACCCUACCCAAAAAAUUCACCCCUACUCUUGAGUUUUACUUAUGCCCUUAUUUUGCUGUGCUGGUUAGCAAAAUGUGGUAUUUAUCAGCAGUGCCAUGGGAACUGAGUCAUGUAAGUAUUACACUCUUCAGUCUCAGAAAAAUCAAUAUAUUUGAGUCAGUCAAUGUUGUAGGAAGAACUUUAACUGGAUCUGCAUUUACUGCUGUUCAGAGGAUGCAGAAAUAGACUGACUUUAUUGCAAAGGGCCUGCCUCCAGCAUGCUUGCAAUCUGCCAGCCAGACUUUUUGAGAAACUAUAUUACAAUGGGUAGUUCCAGAAUAUUAGUAGCUUUUACCCAUUAUUGUAAAUACGAGUAAUUUUAUGUUUGUCAGCAGGGACAAGUUGCACAGUACUAAUAAAUAACUUUUUGACAAGUAAUGCUGUGAUCUUAAAUUCUCAGUUAAGAAAUACCUUUGCUUUUUGUCUGUAUGCAUAGCCUGAUUUAAAUUAGUCUUGCACAUCAUAAGCUCAAAAGCAUAUACAAAUUUAUUCUCUAUGCUGGAAGCAGAAAUGUAGUUACAGUGUUUGUAAGUAGAGCCACCAUGUCAUUAUUCCAGGCACCAGUAAAAUUAAUUGCAGAACAGGUUCCAGGAUUGGGAUGCUUGACCUAAUCAUGAAACACGUUUUAUUUUCACACCUUACUGCAAACAUCUUUAUAAACUUGAGCUUUUAAAUCUGCUUGCACAUGAAAAGCUUUUAUUCAAGCUUUUAUCAUGUGCCUGGAAGGCCCCAGCUGUUUGUGUCUGCCUUCUGGAAACUGAUUACUAGUGUCCUUGUUAUUUUCUGUCUGGACAACAUCAGCUCUCUUCAGGUGCACAUUAAAUACACAUUAAAUACUA